CGAGGGAUUUUCCUUUCAGCACGGUAAUUAGUUACACCAUUGCGUUGGCGGCGUCUCGUUGCUUAGCUAGAUAUACAUUCUUCGCGAUUGCCUUAUCUCCAUUCCAAAGACAAGAAAACCAGCGUCAUUGGUCGCGGUCGCAUCUUUCAACGAGGACACGCGAAAGGAGGCGAGACAAGUAUAAGACAAGUACGCUCAGCUCGACGGAGAACGGAAAGUGGAUGCGCGACUACGUACAUACACGGAAUACGUCAUUGUGCUUGAACGACGAUGCAACAGUGCGAUUCGGUCAGUGUUCGACCGUAGAGAUUCGUGGUCGCUCGCUACUAUUUUAGUCCGCUUUACGAAACGUGUGCUAUUCCGCACGAGCUUUCCGGGCUCCCCAAGUAACAUAUUAUGAAACGAUAGCAUGGUUGUAAUUUAUACUGAGUGUUAUGAAUAUACGGAAUAACGAUGAGGAGUGAUAAAUAUCGUGAUUACUUUAUAACAAGUCUCAACUAAUCAGGGAAUUCAAGUACCCAACUGUUGGGACUGAUGGAGCAGAAGUACUGACGAAACAACGAAAUGUGGGUGAAGAAUCGAAGCAGACGGUGAUUGUGUAAAUGUAUGCAGUGACUCAAUAUGCUGGAAAGGAAAUAAUGUUAAUGUCGGACAUCUGUGAAAACCGUACGGCGAUUCUUUAAAUCCGUUUUGUAGUAGAAGAUAUACCGAUGAGACGAUAGCGCGCCCAUUGCGAAAGAUCUUUCGAAAAAGAUAUUUACGAAAUAAGAGGAAAGAAUAAUUAAGUAAUUAUGUCGUAUAACAAUCUCACCGAUUCUUCGAGCAGAAACAGUAUUUCAAUUCAAGACGAAAAAGUGCCGAAUGAGAAGUACGGAAAAAGCAAUGUGCUUCCCAUGCACAGAAGCAGCGAGGAAAUCGCGGGAAAAUCAAGUAAAGCGACUCAGAUCGAUUUCGCUCAAUUGUCUUACAGUGCGCAAAGGACUAGACCGAAUUCGCUGACUUAUUUGUCGAAACCAACACAAAUGAACGAGCCUAGCUAUUCCUAUUAUAAUUCUAGGGGCUCUUUAUCCCAGUCUCAGAGCGACUUAGUUUUAUCGCCGCGGAAUAGGCAUAAUAAUCGUUACGUAGCUUUAGAUAUGAGGCAAAUGAGUAUUCCGCUGUCAAAUAAUCAUAUCUCAGCAAAUAACGUACCAUAUCCGUGUUGUUGUACGUGCGUGGGAUCACCGGUGUCACCAACACCGACUUCAACUCAUCAUACGGAAAUUCCGCAAGAUGGUCCCGAAGGACUCUCUUGGAGAAGACUUCACAUGAGUAGAGCUAAAUUAAAAGCAACUGCGACGACGUCAGAACUGUUAAGUGGUUUUGCUAUGGUGGCUAUGGUCGAGCUGCAGAUAAACGACCCAACUGCUGUUCCCGAAUGGUUAUUUGUGAUGUUCGCUGUUUGCACAACCGUCCUAGUAUCAGUGCACAUCUUCGCUUUAAUGAUAAGCACGUAUUUAUUGCCCAAUAUUGAGGCCAUCAGUAAGCUUCAGGUAUCGCGGCUGGUCACAGAAUCUCCACAUGAAAGAAUGCGCAGUUUCAUCGAGCUAGCAUGGGCAUUUUCCACAGUGUUAGGAUUGUUUUUGUUCCUAGUGGAAGUUGCUAUAUUGUGCUGGGUGAAAUUCUGGGAUUACUCAUUUACUGCCGCCACUGCCAGCACCAUUAUUGUGAUUCCCGUACUCAUAGUGUUCAUCGCAUUCGCUGUUCACUUUUAUCAUUCGUUAGUUGUGUACAAAUGCGAGUCCUCAGUGAGCGACAUGAAUGAGUUAGAGACCAUUAAGAGAAAUCUAGACAAUGUAACAAGACAAAGCAGUGUAUGAUUUAUCCGCUUGCUCAAUACAGUGUUUUGUAAAGAUUUGACAAGUUUGUUAAUUGUUGUGUCGCUUGUUACCUAGAUUACUAAAAUAUCAAAAUUAUUCAAGAUUGCAUAUUACUUACAUUCCAAAGUAUUAUCAAUUGUACUUAAAAUACAUGAAUUAUUGUAAUAAUUAAAUGUACACGUAAACAAUGUGAUGAAAAAAACACACGUAAGUAUAUUCAAUAACUUUACUUAUCCAAGACGAUCACGUGGAAAUAGAUCGUUCGUUUAUUAUAUAUAAAAAUGUACAUAGCUGUACGCAUGCAAGUCGAGGAUUGCAACAGUACAAGCAAAGUGCUCUUAUAAGUAUAAUAGCUAUAUUAAUUUUAGCAUUUAGUUAUAUUUUAUUUAUGACUCUUAAUUACCGAUUUCCUUUUUUUUAAAUGUGUUUCUCCAUUUAUCUUUGUCUUUUAUUUCAUACAUCGUAUUCUUAUAUAUAUAAUAUAUAUAUAUAUAGAUUUUCUCCAAUUUGUCACUUAGUUUCUGGGAAAAUUGAAGGAUAGUUGAGUGAGUUAUGUACAUACAUGCUUCUCAUUCCGAAACUUGUUAUAUCCUAGUCAAAUAAAUAAUCCGUCAGACUUAAAGACUCUCAAUAACUAAGCGUGACUCACAUACGUUCAUGUAAAAAAGGGAAAAAUAUGGUUCUUUUACACAUCUUUCAUUUUCGCCAUAAACUAAGUUAGAAUCUUUUACAAUAAAGGUUUUCUACAUUGUUAUAUUUUUUUAUAUUCUAUUUGUACAAAAAUCUGAUAUACGAUUUUAAGAAAGAAGUGUAUAAUCAAUGGAAGAGAAUAAAAAAUACAUUUCUUUCGUUAUGAAAAGUAUCUGAAAUAUUUGCCCGCGACAAAGGAAUUGAAACACAUUUUGUUAUUGCACAGUAUUUCUAAUCGUAUAUAGAUCUAACUAAACAGUUUAUCUUAAUUUAUAUUAUAUAUACUAUAUUUGUUCGAACCAAAUUCAAUGCAAUGAAUUAAACCAAAUGCAAAUAUAAAAUAUUAAUAAGAAUGAAGUUUCUAAUAAAAAAAUUACUGCAUAGAACUGAGAAUAUGUACAUCGAAAAAAAUUGGAAGAUAUUUAAUAAAAAGAUUAACCCUGUAUUUUAUUGUACGUUGAAGAAGAAGUACGGCUGAAGAAAGAAUAGAAAAAGUAACAUAAAAUGAGCUUGAACUUUUUCGGAACUGUAAUUAAAUCAUAAGUAAAUUCGCACCGUUCGAAGGUGGUCUCAAGUCUUAUUUUCUGUUUUUACGUCUGAUCAAUUUUAAAUAAAUUUUGCUAGUUGUCCUUA